CGACGACGUCCCUGACCAAGGAGAAAAGAGCUGACGACCUGAGAGAGGAGAAAAGAGAGCGAAACUGAAAAAUGUCGUCGCUUAAGGAGCUCUGUGCCUAUGAAACACCAUCCGUUGCUGAACUGCAGGACUUCCUGUUGGCUGACAGGCACCCCACUGGACAUGUCAACCAAGUGUGGCCCAGUGUGUACAUUGGCAAUGAAGUUGCAGCCCGUGACAAGCCGAUGCUGUACAGUAUGGGGAUCACCCACAUCGUCAAUGCAGCCAGCGGCCCCCCUCAUGUAAACACCGGACCUCGCUUCUACAGAGACAUGCCUGUAGAUUAUUAUGGGGUGGAGGCCGAUGAUUCCACAGACUUCAUCAUAAGUGUUUUCUUCUACCCAACAGCAAGAUUUAUACGUGCCGCGUUGUCCAAUAAAGGGAAAGUGUUUGUACAUUGCCUGAUGGGAGUCAGCCGCUCAGCUACGCUCGUCUUGGCCUUUCUUAUGAUCUGUGAAGAGUUGACCUUAAGGGAUGCAGCACGAGUUGUUCGCCAACACAGAGACAUUUGCCCCAACCCUGGCUUCCUCAAUCAACUCCGUUACCUCGACAUGAGCCUCGUGCGCGAAAGGAAGAGGAAACUUGAAGCUUUCAAGCUAUAAAAAAUUUCCACAAUUCAACAAUGUGACAAAAUCUAUUUCAAAAGUAUGUACACUCCAGCUUUCAGGACUCGUGUUUUGAUCCAUGGCAACAACUCAUUUACUCAUUUGCCAAUAUUCCUUUCAUGACGGUAGCAAAGUGGAUAAAGGAGGGACAAGUGAAGCCUUUGCCCAUAAAUAGUUAUUAACUUCCAAAGACUGCAGGGUUGCAAAA